AUGGCUUCGGCGAAAAUUAGUAAAAAUCAUCUGAGAAGAGCUAAGAAGAAAGCUGCGAAGCAAGAUGUGAGCAGAAUGAAUCACUUCUUGAUAAAAUUCAUUAAUCAUUUGCAGAACGCCACGACUCCCACUAGGCAACAAACUCCUCCAACAGAACCCAAGCCAAGACCAGCAGACGGCUACGAUGACACUACAAAGGCAAGACUGAAAGCCGAGGAUGGCGACCCGGACAUCGAUGAGAAUGAUCCUCUGUAUGAGAUGUACAAGAACAUCAUGGACAGAUUUCAAGAGGUGGACAAGGACGACCCAGCGGCUAAAGAGCCAGAAAAACCAGAGAUUUACUACGAGGAGGACGACGUGAUACCUGACGAAGAAGAAGAAGAAGCGGCGCAGCUCAAGCUGUCAAAAAAGAAGCGGAAAGAACAGAACAAGCUUUCUGUUGCAGAGUUGAAGGCUCUGGUGCAGAAACCAGAAACGGUAGAGUGGACUGACACCUCGGCAACAGACCCGCGGUUAUUAGUACACAUCAAGUCGUAUCGCAACGUGGUACCUGUUCCUACACACUGGUCACUAAAACGCGAGUACCUGUCAUCCAAGCGCGGGGUGGAGAAGGCUGCAUUUUCCCUGCCUAAAUUCAUACAGGAGACUGGUAUAGCAGAAAUGCGGGAUGCGGUUCUUGAGAAACAAGAUCAGGCUUCAUUGAAGCAGAAACAGCGCGAGCGAGUGCAACCAAAGAUGGGGAAGCUUGACAUUGACUAUCAAAAGCUUUACGAAGCCUUUUUCAGGUUCCAGACCAAACCAGAACUCACCCGCUAUGGUGAGGUGUACUAUGAGGGCAAGGAGUACGAAACGAAUCUCAAACAUCUGCGUCCUGGUGAGCUGAGUGAAGAGUUGAAAGAAGCUCUCAAUAUCCCACCCGGCGCUCCGCCGCCAUGGCUGAUCAAUCAACAGCGCUUUGGCCCUCCGCCGUCAUAUCCAGCGCUUAAGGUACCUGGCCUUAACGCUCCUCCUCCACCAGGCGGAUCCUGGGGCUUCCACCCUGGGGGGUACGGUAAGCCUCCUGUUGAUGAGUACAAUCGACCUUUGUACGGCGGUGACAUUUUUGGGGUACUACAGCCUCAACAGAACACGCAGCUAGGAGAGCCUGUAGAAAAGACGCCAUGGGGAGAGCUGCAAGAGCCCGAAGAAGAGUCAGAGGAAGAAGAGAGCGACGAAGAGGAAGAAGACGGUGACGUAGAGGAGGUAGGAGCUGGCCUGCAGACACCAAGCGGUCUCGAAACUCCUGGUGGUAUGACAUCCGCCGUUCCUACAGAAUAUGGGGGAGCGGAAAGCGUUGGCGGAGACUUCGAUUUGCGGAAGAAAAAGCGAGGUACGGAAACUGAAGAAUCAACUCAACCGAAACAUGCCUAUCAAAUUCUACCGGAGCAAAAAUCAAGGGUGUCCGGCUUCUUUGGUGGAGAUCGAACAUACGAUCUCAAAGGCGCUCAGAACAAUUUGCCGGUAUUAGAUCAAGAGGAACAAUCAAGGAAAAGAAAGAAGCCUGGUGACGUUGACAUUGCUGUGAAUCCAGAUUCCUUGCAAGCGAAGGAUGGGAUGGACAAAGAAGAAAUGAGGCAACUUUACGAGGCAGAAAAACGUCAGGAACAAAGUCGUUGGAGUUUUGAGGAGGAUCUGAGUGAUAUGGUAGCGAGUGAACAAAAGAAGAGGCAAAAACGGGAUGAGGAGAGACGUAGGCGAUGA